UUGUUUCCAUUAAAGGACUACACAUUGACUGCAAUGUUGACAAUCAUAACGCCUAUGCAUUGAAUGCAUUGAAUAUACAUUCUAUAGGAACGCCUAAUACAUAGUCAGCCCACACAACAACACAACACUAAAACACAUAACAAACACAACAAAACUUAAGUCAAGCAAACAGUUUGUGUCAAUCUUAAGCAUCGGUGACCUGAUUAGCCAUUUGUGUGAAGAAGUUGAUUGAAGAGUGCAGUUGUCGACCAUCUGUUACUUAAUAAGUGUUGAAUGAGUUGAUCCCAACAAACAAAUAUGAUAUCCGACGGCUAUUUGGUAGGAGAUGGUUCGUGGCAGCUCAAGAUAUAUGUUACUGAUCUUAAAGUGGACAGAAUUCUUAGGGUUAAAGGAGAUCUACAUAUCGGCGGAGUUAUGCUUAAACUGGUCGAAGAACUUGAUGUGGCCAUUGAUUGGUCAGAUCAUGCGUUAUGGUGGCCAUCGAAGAAUAUUUGGUUAAGUAGGACGCGGACAACACUGGAUCAAUACGGCGUUCAGGCGGACGCUGUCUUACACUUUACACCAAUGCAUAAGACAUUACGCGUCCAAAUGCCUGACUUGCGAUAUAUCGACACUCGAGUGGACUUCUCUAUCAAAACAUUUACAGCUGUCGUGCAAUUGUGUAAAGAUUUAGGAAUCAGACAUCCGGAAGAACUUUCGUUUUCAAGACCUUUGGUUACGGCACAUCUUAAAAGGAAUUUCCCGCAUAUGGGUGUCAGUCCUUUGCAAAGACAGAGAGACGCAAUGGGACCGAUAGUCCAAACCAAUCCAACCACUCCUGUCAGUAAUAUUGGUACACCUGAUGGCAAAUCAAGUCCUCUUUUUAUUGAUGAUAAGUUAAGUCCUCUUCGUAAUGGCAAUGGAGUGGUGACUAACGGCAACGGAACAAUACAUACCCCUUACCACUCCUCCGACAGUUUUGCGUAUGGAAAUGAAACCAUAUCUCCAGCAUUGGCCACAAGUCCUUUAACGCCAACAAUAGAAGCAAAAAGCAAUCUCUUGAGACCGAAAUCACUUGUGGAAAGAGCGCGACUUAAUGCCGGUUGGCUCGACUCGUCGUUAUCUCUCUAUGAACAAGAUGUCCGAGAAUUUGAUUUACUAUUAUUGAGAUAUAAGUUCUUUACAUUUUAUGAUAUUAAUCCAAAAAUAGACGGGAAUCGGAUUAAUCAGAUCUACUCUCAGGCCAGAUGGUCAAUACUUACUGAAGAUAUCGAUUGCACUGAAGAGGAAAUGAUGCUUUUUGCUGCUCUUCAAUUUCAAGUCUCUCUUCAAAAUAAUAAUCCAUUUCCUGAAAAGCACAACACAAGAGCUGAUGAUGAUAUUGAUGCCGCAUUGGAUGAGCUCCAGAUAUCAUUAGAAGGCGCACCAACUGCUAUACCAUUGGGUAGUGAUAUAACACAUGUACCAGAGUUAGCUGAUUAUCUUAGACUUAUGAAACCUAAAAGAUUUACAUUAAAAAGUUUUAAGAGAUAUUAUGUAGUAUUUAGAGACACUAGACUUUCAGUUUUUAAAUCAAGUGAAGAUCGAAGUAGUAAUGAUCCGGCGUUUGUCAUCAAUAUGAAGGGUUGUGAGGUUACACCUGAUGUCAAUCUUAGUCAAGGAAAAUACGGUAUUAAACUUGAAGUUCCAAAUCAUGAAGGAAUGCAAGAAUAUUGGAUCAGAUGUGAAUCGGAACAACAAUACGCUCGAUGGAUGGCCGCCUCACGACUGGCCACUAAAGGCAGAACAAUGGCCGACUCUUCAUAUGACAACGAAGUGAAAUCAAUUUUGAAUUUUUUAAGUCUUCAACAUCCGGCACAUUCAGCCUACACCACACAUGUCAGUGCCCAUCAAAUUGAUAAUCCGGAGGACUUAAUCGCUCCCAGAUUUAUUCGGAAGAAAGGAGGCCGACAGUGGGUACAACGCAUUUUGGACGCACACACUAAUGUCAAAGGACUGACAUUAACUGAAGCCAAAUUGCAUUUUAUCAAAGCCUGGCAGGCAUUACCUGACUUUGGAAUCUCUCUUUUUGUGGUCAAGUUUGCAAACUCUAAAAAAGAGGAAUUGCUUGGAGUGGCGUUUAAUCGGUUGAUGCGAAUGGAUAUAAACACAGGCGACCACACAAAAACAUGGCGUUUCAAUACAAUGAAAGCAUGGAAUGUGAACUGGGAGGUCAAACAAAUGUUGGUACAGUUUGAAGAGGAAGACGUUGUCUUUUCCUGUCAUAGUGCCGAUUGUAAAGUUGUCCACGAAUUUAUUGGAGGAUAUAUAUUCUUAUCCAUGAGAUCUAAAGAUCAAAAUCAGACACUUAAUGAAGAACUCUUCCAUAAAUUAACGGGCGGUUGGAUUUAGAGCUUACCAUCAAUUAGUUUACUAAUCAUAGAGAUUAAUCACGACUAACAUUAGUAAUGAUUAAAUAUAUUUAUAUACAAUGCAAUACAAUAUAAUUUUUUUUGUCAUUUUAGUGAUGAGAUGACGGAUAAAAUUUUAUAGUUUGAAAUUAACUACUGAGCUAUGAUUAAUAUGACUUAAAAUUGACAAAAUUAAGUGCUUAUUUCAGUACAUAGUUUAUGAAAUAUUAGUAAAUUGUAACAACAAUAACAACGAUUCAAAUAACAAAUAAUUGAUAAACAUUUGUGGCCAAAGUUAACAAACAAAAGUUAAUAACUGUGCAAAUAUGUUAUAACAUAUAUAUUUUAUUUUGCAAAUUGCAAUACUCAUUACCGUAUUUGAAAAAUUGAUUUACAGUAAUUAUUUUACCUUAA